AUAUACUGAGAGAAAGAGAGAGAGAGACGAGCUUUUAUCAUUCUAACCUAUUUGCGUGCUCAAUGGCACGCGAUUUACACGUGUAUACGUUUACUUAAAAAAUUUACAAUUUAAUUCUUAGUUAAGAUGGGGAAGAAAACAAAGAUUGGGAAGCAGAGGAAAGACAAGUAUUAUCAAUUAGCCAAGGAAACAGGUUAUAGGUCACGUGCUGCCUUUAAAUUAAUUCAGUUAAAUCGAAAGUAUGAAUUUCUUCAAAAAUCUCGAGUAUGCAUCGAUCUGUGUGCAGCACCUGGUGGCUGGAUGCAAGUCGCCAGACAAAAUAUGCCAGUAUCAUCUAUAGUUGUAGGCGUAGACUUAUUUCCCAUAAAGCCUAUACCAGGGUGUAUCAGCCUUACAGAGGAUAUUACAACAGAUAAAUGCAGAGUGGCUAUCACACGAGAAUUGAAAACAUGGAAAGCUGAUGUUGUUUUAAAUGACGGAGCCCCAAAUGUAGGAAAAAAUUGGCUUCACGAUGCUUACCAACAAGCUGUUCUAACUUUAGCUGCUAUAAAAGUAGCUACUCAAUUUCUACGAGCUGGUGGUUGGUUUGUGACAAAAAUAUUUCGAUCUAAAGAUUAUCAUCCAUUAAUCUGGGUGUUGAAACAAUUAUUCAAGAAGGUACAUGCUACUAAACCUCAAGCUUCACGUAACGAGUCCGCGGAAAUUUUUGUUGUUUGUCAAUAUUAUAUUGCUCCUGACAAAGUGGAUCUUAAAUUUUUUGAUCCAAAAUACGUGUUCUCUGAAUUAGAAAUGCAAACUACAAACAAGAUAAAUAUCUUCCAUCCAGAAAGGCAGAAGAAAUCUAAGGCCGAAGGAUAUCCUGAGAACGAUUACACGCUAUAUCAUAAGUUGUCAGCAAAGGAGUUUAUCGCUUGUGACGACGCAGUGGGAGCUUUGCAGAGUGCUUCCGAAAUAGUCAUCGAUGACGAAGCCAUCGAUAAACACGAGAAAACAACAAGAGAAAUUAGAGAAUGUUGCAAAGAUAUCAAAGUACUCGGUCGAAAGGAUUUAAAGCUGUUACUCAAAUGGUGGAAGGCAUUAAAAGAGGUACAGUCGGAUGAGAAAAAAGAAGAGGACGGAUCUACGCUUGAAGAUCAAGCCGCGCCUGCGACUAUUAGUCUGGAAGAGCAGGAGGAUCUGGAAGACGCGGAAAUCGAGAAACAAAUUUCCGAGCUCAGAGAUACUGAAGCGAAAGAACUGAAACGCAAGAAAAAAAAAGUCCACAAGGAGAGACAAAAACUGAACGAACGCCUCAAUUUGAAAAUGAUUCAUAAAGGUGACGAGGGACCUAAAUUGGAAGGAGACGAUUUGUUCAAUUUAAAUCAGAUACAAACCUAUCAACAUUUGAAACAAGUUACGGAUCAAGCACCCGACAUUGUAGCGGAGAGCGAGGAGGACUCUGACGACGAAGAAAAUGUCAAGCCGAAGACUGUUCGUUAUGAGAAAGAUGUAAGACACUUGGACAGUGAGGGUUUAUAUUACAAGACGGAAGAUAGCGAGGAUACUGACAGUGAUGCUAACUCGGAUGACGACCCAGAUGGUGAAAUAUCUGGAUUAGGUCUAGACGAUUCGGAGGACGAAAGUACGAAGAGACUGCCAAAGAAAAAACAGGAAUUUAAUGACUCUAGUAAUAAUCCAUUGCUAACUGAUCUAGACUUCCGAGACAAGAAAACAAAACAGAUUCAUAAAGCGGAGCUUUGGUUUGAAAGAGAUGUGUUUAAAGAUUUGGUGACCGAGGACGAUGAAAAUUAUGAAUUGGACAGAAUGAUUGAGCUAUACAAGAAGAAAGGUGGACAUAUUCUUGGAGAAGAGAAGAAGGUAGAAAACGAUGAGGACAAAAAAGAAAAACGUGAAGACAACGAGAGUUCCGAGGAUGAGUCCGAUUAUGAUAUGGAAGAAGUAAUGAAGUCUAAUAAGAAGACGAAGAAGAUUGGUGGAAAAGAUGGUUUUGAGAUAGUACCUCGAAAAGAAGAAAAAAAAUCGACGAAAAAGAGGAAAUUGACUGCAGAAGAUUUAGCACUCGGCUCAUUGCUGAUUCAAAGUAAAAAAACCCGAAGAGACUUGAUCGACACAUCUUGGAACAGAUAUGCAUUUAACGACGAGAAUUUGCCGGACUGGUUCGUGAAGGACGAAGAGAAGCACAUGAAGAAAGAGACACCUGUACCUAUAGAAUUAGUAGACGAAUAUAAGAAAAGAGUCGAGGACGUAAAUGUCAAAUCGAUCAAAAAAGUGAUGGAAGCUAAGGCAAGGAAAAAGAAGCGCGCGAUUCGCAAACUUGAGAAGGCUAAGAAGAAAGUGGAGGCGUUGAUGGACAAUACGGACGUUAGCGACAGGGAGAAGGCCAGACAAGUUGCAGCGCUGUAUAAAAAAGCUACCAAGGAACCGAAGAAGGAAAUUACGUACGUCGUUGCGAAGAAACAUUUGACGCAGAAACGCGCCGUCAGGCCUCCUGGUGUGAAAGGUCGAUACAAAAUAGUGGAUCCGCGAAUGAAAAAAGAUAUACGCACAGCGAAAGCGAAAGAAAAGUCUAAGGGCCGCGGGAAGAAACAUCGAAGUGGAAAGACUUCAAGAGUAAAAGCCAAAGCUAUGAAAAGAAAGAGAGUCAAGUAGCUUUUAUCUCUUUUAUAGAAUAGAAAUUAUUUUUAUAAUUAUUUCAUCUAAACAUUUGUACGAUACAAUACUUGCGUUGUUUGUUCAAUUUUAAAGAUACGAUACUCUAUUUAACGCCAAACUUUAAAAUUUUUAGCUUACAAACAGGUCAAAUACAUUAGACGAGCAACAAUGUAUAAUAUUUUUAUUUGCUAUAGAAUCGUACUAUUUAAAAAUAAAAAGUCAUCUAACACA